AUGGAAUGGGGACGGAAUGCCUAUGUUCUUAGCAACGAUAGAUUCGCACUACACUGUGAGCGAGCUCAAUCUUCUGGUCAACUUUCCCUUCGUGACUGGAUGCGUAGACGAAUGCUCAAAUUUGAUCGACAUGAUUGGCAGUACGACAAACUUCCAACGUAUGGCGAGUUUGUUCAACGAGUGGGUUCAACAGCUUACUUUGUUCCAGUACUGGAAGAAACCCCCGGAAUACCUGAGCGCUCUUCAUUUUUAGUGACUUUUUAA